ACACAAGCAUCAGAAUCAACUACUCACUGGCAUCGCUUUGCUAGCAAGACAGUCUCCUCAGCUCCAAUAUAAAAGCACCCUCAAUCGCCGCCCCCAGACCGACUCGAGGAUUGUUUUCAUCUCCAUCCUCUUCUCCCUCUAUCAUCUUUAUUUCCAAGCAGCUCCGCCAUGUCUCUCACUCGCUACACCGCACCCAUUCCCCAGGGCGCGAAGGUGGUCGAGACGCGUGAGCAACUCAACCAAGUAGUCCGGGAAAAUCCCGAGACUGUCCUGUACGAUCAGGAUGGUGGCUACAUGUUGAAAGAUGAGAGCGGAACCGUGGUUGCCAUAGCUGCAGAUUCUCUGUGUCCCGAGUUGGACCAGGCCGUGGCUGAAGUCGAGGCCCUGCAAGCAGAGACGAAGCUGGCUGGCAAUGCCGGAGACCAAGAUGCUUCAAUUCCGCCAUCUGCCUGACCUAUACCGAUUGUCACGUCUGUUUGCGACAGCACCACU